ACAUUGUUUUUAUUUUUAUUCAUUCGAAUGUGAGCUAAAAAUUCGGAACAUUUGCCAAAAGAUGAGUAAAACAUUAUUUCCAACAAGAAUUUCCAGUUCAGUUUAGGUACAAUUCUGUGAUGAUAAACAAUAGAGAAGCUAAGACAAAAAUGUUGAAGAUGAAAUUUGUAAUAAAAUUUUUUGUUAUUAUUUACAAUUUGGCAGAAAUUCGGACAGCUGAGGUGGUAUUUAAAAGUGAACCGGUGGACAUAACCUCUGCUCCAUGGCAGGUAUCGGUGCGUCUAAAGGCCAUUGACUCGGAGUACUAUGGAGAUGGACAUAUUUGCGGUGGUUCGGUGAUCUCGCAGCGUGUCGUCUUAUCUGCUGCCCAUUGUGUGGUGAAGGAUGAUGAACCGGAUGAUAUCAACAUGGAAGAUAAAGACACCGUGAACUUCCGCAAACCAGAAGACUUCACCCUAGUCAUGGGCACUGAACUAUUAACUGAAAUCUCUGCCUUCACACUGCAAUAUGAUGUCCUGCAGCUGGCCGUCCAUGAGGCCUUUGAUUUCCCAACAUUGAUAAAUAAUAUUGCCAUGUUCUUCAUAGAUGGCUAUAUAGCCUGGAAUUGGCCCACUGUGCGAGCCAUACCAUUGAGCAUAGAGGCUCAACCAAAUGGGGUGCUGUGCUCAACCUCAGGAUGGAAUAUAAGUGCGGGUAAUCCCUCUCCCCUACUAAAGACCAACCUUGUGCCCAUUGUGGAGUCCCGAAUUUGCAGUAAAUUUUAUGGGGAUCUCACCUCAGAUCUCAUUUGUGCUGGCUUUGAAGAACAUCAGCCCCAUGAUUUUUGUGAAGGUGACUCAGGUGGUCCCCUGGUGUGUUUGGGCCACUUGACGGGCAUUAUUUUGGAGGGUAACAGCUGUGCCCGCAGCCAAUAUUUGGGAUUAUAUGUCAAUGUUCUUUAUCACUAUAAUUGGAUUGUGGCCAAGAAUAAGACAUUUGAUUAUAAUUACUAUUCGGAUUAUGAAGAUGAGGAGGAUAAUGAAAUUGAGGUAAAGGCGCCAUUAGAUAAUGGAGGAACGGAUUUUCCGUUGGAAAAUGAAGACAACCUCUCAGAGGAGGUUUUGAGAACAACCAACAAGACAUUUAGUUAUUAUGAUGAUGAUGAUUAUUUUGAGAAAAUUAUCACCGAAUAUUCGAAAGGAGAGAGGAGCUCCUCCAAAGGAGUCAAAAUAUUUGGGUCAGGGGUUAUGGAAAUAUUUAUU